CAUCGAAAAGCGUGUAAUAACAUUAUUUUUUUAGACAGAAACUUACCUAAUCUGUAUUCGAAGUUCCGUGUUUGUAAAUCUAUAGCCUGCUAACGUUAGAAGAAUAGUGUGCGAUCGCUGAAAUUCUACUGAAAUUUUACUGGGAUUUUAGCAAUACUGUGUUACGUUACGAGCGAGCAAGUUAAACACGGAUUGAACAGCUGAUGCUUCAUUGAGACCGGCGAAAUGUCAAAGUCUAGGCAAAUUACCUUACGUGUGCAAUGUUCAGAAGGAACAAAGCGUAUAGAUGUAAAUUUGUCUGAUACAAUUUCUCAAUUGUAUGAUAAGGUUUCUAAAACCUUUGAAUUGAACACUUUUGGAUUUGGACUCUAUAAGGAACGAAAUCAUAAAAAUGAACUUCCAGUUUCUCAUAACAGAACAAUUUCAGGAGCACAUCUUUCUCAUGGAGAUAUGUUAUAUCUGGCUCCUCAGAGUAAUACACAGUUGUGGAGUACUCCCUCAACUAGUACUGCCAACAUUGACAUUUCUCAAGAAACAAAACCAAUGGAUGAAACAGAGACUAGCAACCAUACUAUCAAUGCUUCUCGAUCUGUAUCAAAUGCAAUGGAAGACGUUGAUGAACAAUUAUGGAAACUUGAUGGUAAAAUACAAAGAAAACGUGAUGAAAAACUAUGUAGACAUGGUGCAAAUGGAUGCUGUGUUCAUUGUACUCCUUUAGAACCUUUUGAUGAAGCUUAUCUUAAGGAACAAAAUAUAAAACAUUUGUCUUUUCAUUCGUAUCUCAGAAAACUCACUGCUGGAGUUGAUAGGGGGAAGUUUAUACAAUUAGAAGACAUAAACUGCCGUAUAAAAACUGGUUGUAAAGAUCAUCCACCUUGGCCACGAGGUAUAUGUAGCAAAUGCCAACCAAGCUCUAUUACCCUGAAUCGACAAACUUAUCGUCACGUGGACAACGUUAUGUUUGAAAAUCCAAGCUUAGUUGAACGCUUUCUCAAUUAUUGGCGCAGCACCGGUCAUCAACGUAUUGGAUUUUUAUACGGAAGAUACGAAAUACAUACAGAUGUACCAUUAGGCAUUAGAGCUGUUGUCGCGGCUAUUUACGAGCCACCACAGGAAAGUACAAAAAAUUCUAUACGACUUUUACCGGAUGAAAAAGAAGUAGUAGUGGAUGAAUUGGCUCAUUUACUUAAUUUAAAAAGAGUUGGAUGGAUUUUUACAGACCUUAUAGUUGACGAUAUCAAGAAAGGAACGGUAAAACACGUUCGAAAUAUAGAAAGUCACUUUUUAUCUGCUCAAGAAUGUAUUAUGGCUGGGUAUUUCCAAAACAAAUAUCCAAAUCCUUGUCGUUUUUCUCCUAAUAAUUAUUUUGGUUCAAAGUUUGUUACUGUUUGUGUUACUGGUGAUGAGAAAAAUCAAAUUCAUAUGGAAGGUUAUCAAGUGUCCAAUCAAUGCAUGGCAUUGGUUCGAGAUAGCUGCUUCGUUCCUACGAAAGAUGCUCCAGAAUUGGGCUAUGUAAUUGAAUCAACAGAUAAACAGUAUGUCCCAGAUGUCUUCUACAAGGAAAAAGAUUCUUAUGGAAAUGAAGUGUCAAGGCUAGCAAGACCUUUGCCAGUAGAAUAUUUAUUGGUAGAUAUACCUGCGUCCACACCACUUAAUCCACAGUUUACCUUUUAUGUUAGCAAUAAUAUCACACCAUUUCUUAUUGAAAAUAGACUCAUCGAUGGACAAAUUCAAGAAUUUAGCUCACUUUGUUCUUACAUGCAACAAUUUAGCAAAGAACAAUUUCUAGAAGCAGUUUCAGAUUUUCACUUAUUAAUUUUUAUUGCAACAAUGGAUAUGUUUCCAAUGAAGGACCAUAUGAUGCCAUUAUUAGAUGCAAUUCGUACAAAAGAUAGAGAAAAAGCUAUAGAGUGGUCACGUUCAGAACAAUGGGCAACAGUAGAGCAACUCAUAUCUGAAACUACAGCAUCUACAUCUCAACCAAUGUUUGAUAAUAGCUCAAGGAUUUCAGCUUCUGCGCUUGCAGAGGGAAGUGGAAUAGCAGUUGGUACAGACUCAAUUGUAAAUUCACCACCUGAUCAAGGGCUUUGGACUUGUUCACAUUGCACAUUUCUCAAUGCAGCAGAUUUUGCAAUGUGUGAAAUGUGUGGUUUGCCAAGGAAUACGUAACAAACUGUCAUUAUAUUGCUUUUGUAUGCAAUUAAGGGUGUUGUCCUUAAAUUGCAAAUUUGCUCCUGCAGGUUUUGACAGAUACUGUGUUCUUACAGAUAUAAAAAUUGUUUUCAGUGCAUACCUGGCUUUAUUUAUGAGUGAAUAAAAAGAGGAAAAAGUAUCUUUUACCAAAAUCUA